UCUGAGGGAUACACCUUAGUUUUUAUUCUUAUAUACGAUACGAUGAGUAAUUUUUACUGAUAAAAAACAGAAUUAAUAAUAUACUAACAUUGUUUUCAUUAAUUUGUUUUGUUUUAUCACUAUCCUUUGUAGCUAUCUAAAAAAUAUAUUGUAACGCGAGUCUACACGAGUGCCGAGUAGUAUUGAAAAACUGGUGAGUCAUAAUUAUCAAAUAUUACAUGUCUUACCUUAUUUAAUUUAGUGAACCAAUUUUGAAUAAAUACCUAAAUCAGUAUGCCGUUGGAAUGGUUAUUUGGGCGUCGUAUGUCGCCCGAUGAAAUGUUGAGAAAGAAUCAACGUGCUCUCAAUAAAGCAAUGCGUGAUUUAGAUCGCGAAAAAAUGAGAAUGGAACAACAAGAGAAGAAAAUUAUUAUGGACAUCAAAAAAAUGGCUAAAGAUGGACAGAUGGAAUCGGUGAAAAUCAUGGCUAGAGACCUAGUAAGAACAAGACGUUACCAGAAGAAAUUUAUGGUGAUGAAAGCUAAUAUACAAGCAGUAUCUUUAAAAAUACAAACGCUUAAAUCACAAAACGCUAUGGGUCAAGCAAUGAAAGGCGUAACUAAAGCAAUGCAAAAUAUGAACAGGCAGUUGAAUUUACCACAAAUUCAAAGGAUACUUCAAGAGUUUGAAAAACAGUCUGAAGUCAUGGAUAUGAAAGAAGAAGUUAUGAAUGAUGCUAUGGAUGAUGCCAUGGAAGACGAAGGAGACGAAGAAGAAACAGAUCAAAUUGUUACACAAGUAUUAGAUGAGUUAGGUCUACAGCUUACAGAUCAAUUGUCUGGUUUGCCUUCAGCUUCUGGCUCAAUAAGUAUAGCAGCUACCGGAAAAGUACCCAUUGUUGCUCAAGAUGGUGGAGGUGGUGGUGGUGCUGCUGCUGCACAACCAAAUGAUGCUGAUGCAGACUUGCAAGCUCGAUUAGAUAAUUUAAGGCGCAAGUGAACAAUAUUAUUUGCAAACUCUAAUGCAUUAAUAAUAUUAUAUACCAACCUAUUUGAUUGUAAAAAUUUGUUAAA